AGAUGCGACAGCCGCUCUCCGGAGGAGGAAGUGGAGCGCGUUCCCGUUUUGCAAAUCCGCGCGCGCGUCGCGUCGCGUCGCGUCGGGCCGAACAGAAUGACGGGUGUCGAGUGACGCUGUCGAGCGCGAGCCUUCGCGAGCGUCGCGUCAACGUGAGUCGCCGAUUCUCGUCGUCGACCAUUGUCGAGUUCGAUCCGUGGCGUUUUGAUUUUGAGACGCGUCGCGACGCGGUUGAAUUUAAUCUCGCCCCCGCUCGGCCUAAAUCGCGCGCCGCACGUCAUUCGCGCAAUGCACACGCCGAAGGAUCUCAUUGACACAAGCGCGAUCGCCGUGCGUGGGAUCGUCGUAAUCCGUUAUAAUGCGGCGGAAAUUUACGUCGGCCGACAGAUCGGGCGAUCGGUAGUCGUUUAGAAUGCUUGGCAUUCAAAGUUUCGGUCGUUAAAUUGUUGACAGUUCAGUCGACGAAAUUCCGCAGGAGAGAUAGAGAGAGAGAGACAGAGAGGAGAGAGAGAGAGAGAGAGAGAGAGAGAGAAAGCGAGAGAAAGUCAUUCAGAGCGUCGUCCCAAGGAAUCGUUUCAAAUGUCGACGCUCAACGAUGACUUCGAGAGACCGUUCGAAGAUUUCGAGCACCUGCAAUGGGGUGCAUUGCGCGAUAUAUGUUGUGCCAGCGUGGAGUAUUUUACGUCCCAUCAGGAUAAGAACGGCGUCCGGAUCAAGGCCGCCCUUCUGGCGAUCCUCGAUUAUCUCACUCAAUUGCAGCCGUUGUAUAGGGAGAUCGCCAGGUUCGCGCCGUACUUCGAUUUCGAUGAAGAGACUCCGGGAAACGGAUACAGGAGUUUCCUUUCAUUGGUCGACAAGUGCAUCAUGCACUCCGGUCAGGUCUGCCGGCAGAUGUAUCAUCAAAAGGACUCUGUGUUCUUCCGAAAGAGUUACUAUAUGAAGGAAAUAGAAGCAUGUUCUCAGCUAUUGGCAUCGCUGUUCACAUGCUUACAACAAUUAAAAACAAUGUACUCGUGGAGCACAGAGGUAACAAGUGAUGGAAAGCUGUCAUUGUUCCCGCUGGAUCAAUACAGCGUUCAAGAUCUUUUCAGUAAUGCACAAAACGUUAAUCAGUAUUGCUUUUAUGGCAGAUGUUUAGGAUUUCAGUUUUGUGACAGUUUAAGACAUGUAUUAAAGACAUUAUCAUUCUUUAUGGCAUCCUUCAGUGAGAUGUAUUAUGGUGACACACUACUAAGACUUUGCACUAAUUCCGUUAAAUAUUUAUUGGAUCCUGAAGCAAGAGCGCGUCGUAUUGUUAAUAUUUCUCAGCAUGCUGACAUUUCUUUUUGUCAAGCAUUUUGGUUUUUGAGCGAAUCUGCAAUAAUGACAAUGAUGAUAACUUCAAAUAUAGCAAUUAAUCAAGUAAUAUCUAUCCCACCUGAGGAAUUAAUCCUAUCUACUCUAGAUGGUGGGACAAUUUCAAUUCCAAUACCAAACAGUCAUAUUGGGAAAAAGCCAAUCCAUGUCAGAUUGUUAAGUUCCAAACGACGUUUAGGAAUGGUUGGAUCUGGAGGUAUAGGGGGAGAAUUAUGUGGUCUAUGUGAUGAACUAAUUAUUCACACUCAUGGGGGUGGAUUCGUGUCACAAACUUCGCGAUCACACGAAAUAUAUCUACAAAAUUGGACUAUGACGCUCGGAGUACCAAUCUUGAGCAUAGAUUAUAGUCUAGCGCCAGAAGCACCUUAUCCUCGCGCUCUCGAAGAGGUUCUAUAUGCUUAUGCAUGGGCGUUAAAGCACGCAAAUGCAUUACUUGGAAGUACGGCAAAAAAAGUGAUACUUGUCGGUGAUUCUGCAGGUGGAAACUUAAAUUUAGGAGUUACUUUGAGAUGUAUGCAAUUAAAUAUAAGAAGACCAGAUGGUAUUUUUAUGGCGUAUACACCACUACUCAUCGAGUUCGCGCCGUCGCCUUCUCGUAUGCUCUGUUUAACAGAUCCAUUAUUACCGUUCGGUUUUAUGAUACGAUGCUUGAAAGCUUACGCCAUAACCGAUAAAAAACCAAAGGAGCAGGAAAAUGGAGAAGAUAUCAAGUCGGAUACAGAGUCUUUUGCAGAAGUGAGCGAAAGUGAUCUUAUAGCAUUAGCCCUGAGUCCAAAUGGAGACGGCGCAAAUGAUGCCGAGAAAUUAGUAUCUCUUCCAUCUGAUUCGACAUUAAAUUCUGUUAGUUUAACAGAAGUCGAUGGUACAUCAGCCAGUGCCGAAUGUCCGAAAGUACAGGCGAAAUCUCGAGAAUUCAUCAACAAAUUUUUAAAUAUAUACAGAAAUUCCGGUUUUGCUUCAACAUCAUCGCCUGUUACGAGGAAUGGCAGUAUUAGCAGAAACGGUAACAGUUCGGGACAAAGUAAUAAAUCAUGGUCUUUAUUCGGGUGGUCUUUUGGUAGAAGAAGCAGUAAGGAUAGCAGGGAACUCAAUAUGGACAAUGUCAUUUCUUCUGAAGAAUUCGUCCUUACGAUACCAAGGGAUCCUUUCUUAAGCCCUUAUCUCGCACCAGAUAAUAUGCUAGCUAAUUUGCCGCCCAUAAAGUUACUGACAUUACAUCUUGACCCUUGUCUUGAUGAUUGUGUCAUGUUUGCGAGGAAGCUUCGCUCGCUUGGUAAUAAAGUUACACUGGAUAUUUUACCGGGUUUGCCACACGGAUUUCUUAAUCUUUUACAGACUUCGAAAGAAGCGAUGGAAGGUGCAGAAUUUUGUGCCAGAAGGAUAAAAGAGUUACUGGAGCUAUAAUUGUGCAAUGUUUAAAAAAGAAAUCAUUAUUAAAAUAUAUAUAUUGAUCUAGAGCAAGCAGAUGUACUUCAGUGUUGCAGCAACACUUAUUUAUACAGCGAAUGUAGUUAUAUCUGGAUGCAACUAAAUACCUGUUAUUAUUUUCUGCGGCUUAACUAUAUUUUAUAACAUUUCAGAAGUUAGGCGCAUAAUAGACAAUGCUUUACACUGACAAUUUUCUACUGUACUAUUAGCUGCACUAGUUAUUACUGUUGUCACAUUGAUGUUAUAUAUUGUUGCAUUGAACAUCAUUAUCUUAAAAGGUUAGAAUAUAGGGUCUUGAAUCUGGUAUCUGAUAUUAUAUAUUAGCAAAGAACAUCUUGUACAAAGAUAGAUUAAUUUAUUCUGAUUUUUUACACAUAUAUGUAAAGCAUGUAUAUGAAUUUCUAAUUUCUUAAAUAUGAUAUAUUUCUACGAAUAUAUUUAUUAGGCACAUAUAAUAUCUUACAUUAGAUAGUAAGCUAAAAUUUUUUUUGCACAUUUUCUCCGUGCAUCCUAAUCCUGUAAUGUUCAUUUUAACAUGACAAUUUUUGAUAUGUAAAACGUCCAGUGCAAUAUACUUAUUUCUUACAAAUAUAUUUUUCAAUAUGCACAUACUUGUUUUAAUGUCACAAUUUUAUAAAAAAAGAUAUUUGUAUAUGAAUUUUUUAGUGUAUUGAGUACACAGAAAUUCAUGGACAAUAAAAACAAUAUCUGC